UUUCAGGUUGGCUGCUUCUCUGACUCCUUCAGCAAAGGGGUAUCUUUUAGGCAAAAAGGUGAUGGAAAACGCUUUGACGUUUGCGGGAGAGUAGUUAAAUAGUGUACUUUGACCUUUCCGUCAGGACAAGGAAACUGGAACAGCUGACGACUCCAAACUAGCUGCCAUUUUCGGGUCAUUUGAGGAUAGGAGUUGUUUCCCGCAGCCAGCAGCAGUUGUUGCAUGGAUUAGCUCUCCUUUUCGGCUGUCACUGGCAUGGGGGCAUCGCUUUGUGUUGUACUGUUUACUGGGGGAAUAUAAACCAUGAUGGCUGAUGGAUGUUGCAGAAGCAUGGAAAGAGUCAGGGGUAAGAUUGCAUCAGAUCCUUCUUCUCAAAGAACAUAUCCUCCUCAGCAGUUCGUCCAGACCGGCUCCACGCAGCCGCCUCAACAGGGCAGUGACAUCCAGGAGCUGGCCUCCAAGCGCGUGGACAUCCAAAAGAAGCGCUUCUAUCUGGACGUGAAGCAGAGCGUACGCGGACGCUUCCUAAAAAUCGCAGAGGUUUGGAUUGGCAGGGGGCGCCAUGACAACAUCAGAAAGAGUAAACUCACUCUGUCCAUGUCCAUGGCCCCGGCUUUGCGCUACUGUCUGGGGGACUUCAUAGACUACUAUGCCAGGAUUGGGCUGCGGGGGAGCCUUGCGCCCCCUAAUAUUGAGGACACGCGCAGGAGACCGCAGGAGCAGCAGCUGUCUCCUACCGGCUCCGCCGCAUCCGAGGACCACGCGCACCGUGUGCUCAAAAGCGAGUUUAUAGAAAGGGACAACAGAAAGUACUUUUUGGAUCUGAAGGAGAACCAAAGGGGCAGAUUCCUUCGCAUUCGACAAACUGUCAGCAAGGGAUACGGCACGAUGGGUUACUAUGGCCAGGGCAUUGAGCAGACCAUCGUGCUGCCCGCGCAGGGUCUCAUUGAGUUCAGAGACGCGCUGUCGCAGCUCAUCGAGGACUACGGGGACGACGACGGCGAGGACCGCGGCCAAGGAGCUUUACGGAACCAUGAAGACCAGCCCGAGCUCCCAGAGGCUGCGUCCUUCCGAGUGGACAACAAGAGGUUUUACUUUGAUGUGGGGUCUAACCGGUACGGAGUCUUUCUAAAGAUUAGUGAGGUGCGACAGCCUUACAGGAACACUAUCACGGUUCCACUCAAAGCCUGGGCUCGCUUUGGGGAAAACUUCAUCAGGUAUGAAGAGGAAAUGAGACGCAUCUUCUCCUGUCACAAAGAUAAGAGGACAGAUGUGCGACAGGACAGUGAGGAGCAGGACGCCUGAGCUGUACGUGUGCGCUGCACUCUGCAUGUCACGCGUGUUGUGAAUAGACUGUACCGCGCAGGCUCCUCUUGGAGUUGGCUGAUCGUGUCCCUAAAUGCCCCCAUUAAUUCUUCCGGCAGGCUCCUUUGGAAGGGCUGCUAAAUCUGUCGAAAAGCUGUCAAGAAGUCGUCCUAGUCUAAUUUUCGUAUUGCCAAUGUCAACUUUUAGCCCUUUUCCCCAUCAACUUCAAAUUCUUGAUCGGCCCUGUCUGUCGCCUAUUAUAUGAUCAGUAUAGGCUGUGGAGGCCACAUAGACGGUGUUGCAUCAUUUGCUUAUGAUACAUGGGUCUGCUAGACCCUUUUUUUUUUUGCUCUAUGGAAAAGUGUGAAUGCAGGUGUAUGCAGCAGUCCUGUCCUUUCCAGUCUGCAGCCUGACUGCUUUAGUCAUCUUAAAGGUACAUUGCUUUGCACCACUGUCUGCUGCCAUGUUCCAUAAGGACCUCACAUUCCUUUGACAUUUAUUGACCUAAAAUCCUUCUAUGAAAAAAUAAUCUAGACACAAAUGUUAGCUAGAACUUCAUUUACUCAAUGAUUAAUGAAACACUGUGCUGCUGGCUCUACUUGGUAAUUAUGAUGUGGUCAUAGACGUUCAGCACCACACAAAGGCUACUGAACUAGAUAUGAUGUGGCAUGAAGUAUGAUGAGCUGUGAGCAGACUGGGGUCAGACAGGACACCAGUGGAAUCAAAGCCCUGCUUCUUUGAGUAAAACGCUUGCUUGUGCAAUAUAGUGAAAUGACUAUCAUUCUUCCUAACAGAAGAACUUAUGUAGAACCCAAGCUAUUCAACUUUGUAUAUAUUAUUUAAUUCAAAAUAAUUCAAGCCUCAACUAACAAUACUUGAACUUAAACAUUUGAAUUUAUUAAGAGAUUACUGCGAAAAAAUCUCUAAAAGAUGAGGACUACUAAAAUGUAUUGUUUAUUUAUUUUGGGAAAACUUGUCAUGCAUGAUGCCACUUGAGCACAGAUGAAAGAUUCUUUUUCAUGUUGCAGAUGUGUUUUUCUUUUCUUAAAUCGUAGAGCCAGAUGUUAAUCUAAAUUAUCUAGUAUGAAUAAGGCAGCUUAACAGAUAUUGUGCAUUAUUCUGGCUGGUACAGCUCAGACUUCAUACAUCACUCAUUGGACCUCACCAAUAGCUUUCUUGUUUGCCCUUUGAAAUUAAUGCCUGAGCUGAUGGUUCUAAAAUUGCAUUUAGGCACUGACAAAGUGGCCUUAAUGAAGCCUUGAAAAAUACUUGAAAGAUUUUUUACUUAAUAUUUUGGGCUUCAUAAAUACACAGCUAAGAAAGAAAGGCUUCAGCCGUGGGAUCAACCCUUAAUUAGGACGCUGAAUAGUUAUGUCUUGUUUGGUGCUAUGAUAAUUUCAGCUGCUCAUGACUUUGCUGUUGAUAAAAAUAACAAACCUUUGUGCUUUAAACGUAGCAGACAAGCUUGAGCAAUUAAAGAACUGUGUAAGAAUGAAUGAGUGAUAAUAUAGCUCUGAGAAAUGGUCCUGCUUCGUCCAUUUAUUAACCAAAAUCAUCCCUUCUAGAGGCUGAUCAGCCUAUCAACUAGUUCUUGUGGGAGGACUUGUGAAGCUGUUAUACUGUCCCAGAGAGAAAGUGGUCAUGGUCAAGAGUGCAAUGCAGCUGCCUAAAUUUACAGUACUUGCAAUGAGAGAGGAAAACAUGACAAGUUGUUCCAGAGAUUCCAUUACUUUAAAUGUGUAGAUUUUAAUGAAGCUAGAGAGUUUUUAAAUGAUUCCAGUAUUGUCCAUCUCUACAACCACGUAUCACAAACUGACGAUGGGUGGUCUGUGUGCCUGUGAUAGUUAUUCUGGCUCCACACAGCACUCUGCCCUGUAGAGUUCAGGUGGAACAAAAUAACAUUAUCGUUAGAAGAACAUGUCGAGGCACUUAUUUUAUUUUAACUGAUGCCUUUAGUGCAUGAAAGCACAGGAUUAGGUAUGUAUAGCUGCUCAGUUUAUGUGUGCUUUAGCGAGUGUAUAAAGUAUAAUUUAAGCACAAUUUAUUUUAGCUGGAAAAAUAUUCAUUCAUUAAAAAAAGUUGGGCAGUAUGAAGCUUAUAUAUGAGUAUGGAGUUUUACGAUAUAUAUGACAUUAAAAUAGCACUUAUUGUAAAUAAAAUUAUAAAAUGAAUCCAUUCCCCGAAUAAGGGUCAUUGUUGUUAGACAUUUGAACAUCUAUUUUAAAUAAGCACUUUAAUUGCUUUGCUUAAGCUAGACGUGAUCUGUUGAGGGACCAUGUCAGUUUAAGCCUUUGGCAUGAUGGGACAAUCAUCGCUCCAAUAUCAACAUUGCAGUCUUAUAAAUUUGAGAUCAUUGAAAUUUUCAUGUUAAACCUGUGGCUUUGUUGAAACCUCUUGUUGAAUGCACAUCAUUCAUAAUACUCUGUUAUACAGAUAUGUCAUACGUUAUUAUAAGCUCAUCUGAAGACAAAUUGAAUCGUAAACUACCAGAUAAAACUCAUUAUGGUGACAGUGAUUAGUCGUUUGUUUACUGCGGUGUUAACAUUCAAAGCGAGCUCGGUGAACGGGCCAUGUCAGGCCGAUUGUCUGUGCUGUUGCCUUGGCAACAGCACACAUUUCAUUUUUAAAGCUGCGAGGUGAAGUGAGGACACACGGGAUAGACAUCAAGUCCAGAAACAAUAGUUUGUACAUGUUUCAUUGGAGACUGUAUAUCCUAUGUUUCUAAACUAUCAUACCUUAUUCACCUUUGUGCUUAUUUCAUUGACAAUACACUGUCCCUUUCACUUUUAAGAUCUCAAAUGAAGAGUGCACUGCAGCAAAGAAAA